CCGGGACGAUAGGGUAGGGUUCCAUAUCAUCUCCCUGGAGAGUGGCACCGUCUUCCUCCUUCGCCCCCUUAUGGUCGAGUUGUGCCAUUGCUUUAAGAUCCUCCCCGGGCAACUUACGCCCAAUGCCCACCGUUUUCUUAAUGCCUUUGUAAAUAUCUGCUCCCAUCUCAAAAUCGAUCCUUCCCUUCGCUUUUUCAUUUAUUUGUUUGAAGUCCUUCUCGGUAAGUCGGGUUGCGACGGCUACGUCUACUUCAAGGGCCGUAACGGUCGCCAAUUCAUCUCGGACCUUCCACAAAGCAACCGGUUGUGGAAGGAAAAAUUUGUUUUUAUAAAAUUCCCCACCGCUUCUCCUUUGGCCGGCAUAAAGUGGAACGACCACCUCCUGAAGCCACAAUAUACUGAGCCGGCUAACGCUCCAGACUUGGAAGAGAGUUUGGAGAAACUUCUACAAGGGGACCCGUUCACCGGGCAAAUGUUCCAUUACGGGGCUUGGAUUUGGAGAAUCUCACCGGGUGGCACGGGUACCCCCAGGGCUGAUGAAGCAGCGGGGCACGGGGUACCCGCCCCGGGCAACACUGCGGAAGCUGGGGGUUCCGGUCACCCAGAGAUGAACUUCAGAGCAUUCAAUAUCCCCACGAAGAAGGUCGGUGGCUCCUCCUCUGCUGCCCCAAGAACCGUACCGGUGCAACAGGAGCCGGUGGAGAUCAACUCUGAGGAGGAAACUCCUCCGACCGGUCAGGCUGGGAGGACCACAGUAAACCCUCUCCUAGACAAAGGGAAGGGGAAGGUCCGAACCAAGCACGUCGCCACUACCCACCCCUCUGCAAAGAGGAGGAGGGGAGAAAGUGUCCCGGCCACAGAGUCGCUAGAGGAGCUCUGGGUCAAGAUGGGGCGAAAGCUAAAAGAGAUGGGUGAGGUCGGGUCUGAAACCUUGGGGAAGCUUGCCGAGGACUCCCCUUCCCGGUCACUUCAGCUGGAGGAAAAGCUGAAGAGGCUUGAAGCCCACAACCGGGAGCUUCAAGACCUGACCGCCCGGCAACUUGACGAGAUGGCCAACCUCUCGGCGGUUGCCGGUAGGGCGAACGCGAAGGUCCUUCAGCUGAAGGAAGAGAACUCGCUGCUGAUGGGGGAGGUCUCCCACCUGAAGGAGGAGGCGUGGGUGAAGGAGCAAGAGCUGCCCGGUCGGGCCAGACAGUGGAUGGAGGAGAACCUGGUGGAGGCCGCCCGGGUGCUUACUUCCUCUGAGGAAAGGACAAUGGAGGGCUUCAAGUUGCUGUACCGGGAGGAGCAAGGGAAAGAGAUGAUUACCCAGAUCGGCUCCUACGGUUUCAUGUCCGGCCAAAAACGAGACCGGGAGGCCACCCAUGCGAUCCUUGCCGACCGGGAUNGGGCCAGACAGUGGAUGGAGGAGAACCUGGUGGAGGCCGCCCGGGUGCUUACUUCCUCUGAGGAAAGGACAAUGGAGGGCUUCAAGUUGCUGUACCGGGAGGAGCAAGGGAAAGAGAUGAUUACCCAGAUCGGCUCCUACGGUUUCAUGUCCGGCCAAAAACGAGACCGGGAGGCCACCCAUGCGAUCCUUGCCGACCGGGAUCCGGACUUCAAUGCCGAAUCAUACGGUCCGGCUCCCAUCCCGGACGAAGAGCCUGCGCCUCCCUUUCCUCUUGAGUAAUCUUCCCGGCGGUUUAGUUUCCAUAUCUGCAUGCUUCUUGAUUGAUAAUUUUUUCUUGGCAUUCUUAGAACGCCAUCAUAGAAUAUUCGACCGGUAGAGUAAUCAACCACUAUUGCGCUUGACCGGUAGAACUUCCAAGUUCUUCUUGAUCACUUUAUUUGAAAGUUCAGCUCGAGUGAUAUUGACCGGUUAACUCCAACUUGAUGGUCACUUUGAAAAAUGUUUGACCGGCUGGACUUCAACCUGU